CUAUGGAGGAUGAAUCCAGGCGACGAGAUGAAGGAGUAUGAAAUGCAGGUCAUCACCUUUGGAGCCAAAUGUUCACCGGCCUCUGCUCAAUAUGUGAAAAAUAGAAACGCACUUGAAUUUAAGGAAUCGUAUCCAGAUGCGGUGAAUGCCAUUAUUAAAAACCAUUAUGUGGACGAUUUGGUGCAUUGUUUUUCAUCCGAAGAAUCGGCUGUGAGAGUCGUGAAGGAGAUAGUUGACAUUCACAAAAAGGGAGGAUUCGAACUGAGAAAGUUUGUGUCCAAUUCGAAAUUCUUCAACAAGGUUUUUGGUAACGAACAAGUAGCUGAACCCAUAACUCUUGAUAGGGAUGAAUCUUCGCAUUAUCAAAAGGUCCUGGGAAUGUACUUGUGUACACGCAGCGACGAAUUUGGGUUCUCACUUUCGUUUAACAAAAUUGACGCAUCAAUCUUUUCAGAAUCAAGAAUACCGUCUAAGCGAGAAGUAUUGCGAGUGGUUAUGUCUGUGUUUGACCCAUUUGGAAUUCUAGCCGAAUAUUCCCUGAUCGCUAAACUGCUUCUGCAGUCAAUAUGGCAAAGGCGAACAGGGUGGGACCAGCCAAUUGAGGGCGACGAUAUAAAGCAAUGGAAAUGUUGGUUGCGCAGCCUAAGCCAAGCAUGCAAGAUAAGGAUACCCCGAUGUUACGCUGAAGAGGUCUUUGGGGAACCAAUUGAACUACACAUAUUUUGCGAUGCGAGUGAGUCAGCUUAUGCAGGAGUUGGAUACUGGCGCAUACGUUCGAAAUCUGGAUGGAAGUCCGCAUUUAUAAUGGGAAAGACCAAGUGUGCCCCAAUGAAACUAUCCACCAUACCCAGGCUCGAGCUACAGGCGGCAGUGCUAGGAACUCGUCUCAGGAAAUGUAUUCUUGAGGGUCACGACGUCAACCCCAAAUGUGUCCACAUGUGGUCCGAUUCCAAGACUGUCUUAGCAUGGAUUAAAUCAGAUCACAGAAAAUAUAAGCCAUAUGUAGGACACAGAAUUGACGAGAUACUUGAAGCCACAAGGUUGGAAGAUUGGCAUUGGGUGCCUACUAAGGAUAACCCGGCAGACUUUGGCACCAAACUCAGAUCUGGAACUCGAGAAACCUCCUGGUUGAGAGGCCCUCAAUUCCUUCAAGAGGACGCAAGUCAAUGGAACCUAGGAACUUCAGACGUUGGUGACACGGAACUGGAACUAAGAAGCAAGUUUACGUUAUUAAUCAAUGAGAUGUCUUCAGAUGGAUCUGUCAAUAUCGUAUUCAGGGAGUUGCUGGAAAGGUUCUCUUCAUUUACAAGGCUGAUGCGAGUUGUCGCUUGGGUCUACAGGAUGUGUGAUCGUAAGAUCAAACGAAAGGUCUACCUUGAUGUAGCUGACAUUGAAGAAGCUGUACUCAUAGUGAUCCGCAAUGUACAGGAUGUUGCAUUUCAUGAUGAGCGGGUGGCGCUAUUGACUGGACAGUGCAUCGAAAAGAACAGGUAGCUGUGGAAGUUGUCUCCGAUCAUAGACGGAAGAGGAGUGAUUCGAAUGAAUGGGCGUAUUAAUAACGCAUGUUCGGUUGGAGAAGAAACCAGGCGUCCAAUAUUAAUUCCCCAAGGGCAUCACGUUACAAAAUUGAUCGUGCGACAUUAUCACGAGCUAUGGAAACACCAGAAUGAAAACACAAUUAUAGCAGAAAUACGCAGAAAGUACCACAUACCACACUGCCGACAGGAGGUUCGCCGUGCAGCUAGAAAUUGUAUGACUUGUAAAAUCCAGAGAGCUUCACCAAAAAUGCCAUUAAUGGGACAACUUCCUAAGGACAGACUCUCUCCGUACGCACGCCCAUUCUCAUAUGUUGGAAUCUACUAUAUAGGACCGUUUCUGGUUGUAAGAGGAAGGAGUACCGAGAAACGCUGGAUAUGCAUAUUUACAUGCCUUACAAUAAGAGCAAUUCAUUUGGAAAUUGCCAGGGACCUGACAACAGAUAUGUGUCUUCGAGUAUUGCAUAACUUCAUGGUGCGGCGCGAAAGACCAGUAAGAAUCCGAUCUGACAAUGGUACCAAUUUGGUGGGAGCUGAGCGUGAAUUGAAAAGAGAAUUACAGGACCUCGAUCACACUAGAAUAGCGAACGAGUUGUCAAACAAGCAGAUCGAAUGGCUGUUUAAUUGCCCGCUAAGCCCCCAUGCAGGUGGGUGCUGGGAAAGAUUGGUACGCAGUGUGAAGAGGGCCAUAGGACAAGCGCUGCAUGACAAAAACCUGAAAGAAGACAUACUGUAUAGCCUAAUGUGUAACGCUGAAAACAUAGUAAAUUCCAGACCGCUUACACACAUUGCUCUGGAUAACCCCACAGACAAUCCGAUAACCCCUAAUCACUUUCUUUUAGGUUCUCCCAAUUCUAGCCAGACACCACAUCCACAAGAGGAGAAGUACCAGCCAACUCGAAAGGAAUGGCGCAUCGCUCAGCAGAUCUCACACUCAUUUUGGAACAAGUGGCUCAAUGAGUACCUACCAGACCUAUGCAGACGGACAAAGUGGCAUCACCCAGUGCCACCACUCGCUGAAAUGGACAUUGUUCUUACCUGUGAUAAGAACCUUAAUCGAUCUCAAUGAAAAAAGGGAGUUAUUCUAGCAGUCACGCCUGGACGCGACGGACAGGUUCGCUCAGCCACUGUAAAGACGACGGCUGGAGUUCUACACCGCCCAACCUGUAUGCUGGCAAAGCUAGACAUAUUGUGAAUCACGAGCGUGCUUGAUUCACGGUGGUGGGGAUGUUGUCGAGAAAUAUUAGCUUAUAUAUACUUAGUUUUAAGCAAGGGCACAGAUACCCUACAUAAAGAAAAAAGAGAGAAGAAAAAUGGCCACACUAUGAAAAGACAAGAAGGUCACAUUAGUUUGAGCAGUCGAAGAAAGAGCGGGGAGAAAAGACGAAGCGAAAUAAAACGCAACCAACGCCUAAGAUAAGAUAAGCGAUUGUGUUUUAUCCGCAAUUCUCACGUUCCUGGACUAAACAUCUUUUAUUUCGCAUCUUGGAAGCCAAUGACGCUAGAGUUCUUGGAGUUUGUAUGAAGACGGGCAGAGACUCGUGGUGCAAGCACUGAAGUAUACUGGACAUUGGAGAAGCGACGGAACCCACAAGGAGACGGUCAUCUCGCUCGUGGGUGGAUAAUAAACAUUGCAGAACACGAAGGCCAACGUGGGUGCGCAAGUCAGGCAGCUGAAAAAAGCGCACAUUUAUAUGUAUGUAUGUAUGUAUGCACAUACUGCCAUCUCGCUCUAACCAACGAAGUUCUUGCGGGCCAGCAACUAGAGGUUUGAGUGCGCAGUUGGCUGAUGAAAUCGAGUGAAAAUGUCUGGAUUGUGGUUUGUUUGCUAAGUGCCAAUUUGAUUGUUGAUUUGGGAAGAGGUUAGUCUGCGGGUGAUGAUUACCAGAGCAAUGAGCAAAUUAAGGGUAACGGAUGAAAUGGACGAGGACAACGUUGAGAUGGGAAAAGUGGAAAGAGAAACCGCGCAAGGUGAAGCCUCAAAUAUGGAGGGGGCCGGGCCCGGCACAUCAAAAGAAGCCCAAUCACAUGGCGUUGUUAACGUUAUGAUGGAGAUGUGGCGCCAAAUGCAAGAAGGUCAGCGGGCCAAUGCAAUGCAAAUGCAGCAGUUCCAAAUGGAAGUUCUGCGGAUGAAUCAAAUUCAAAUGGAAAAAACUAAUAUACUUCUGCGAUCCCUUGGUAUUAGUGGAAGGACAACUGGCGAGCCAGGACCACAAUCAACCACGGCUGAGCCCUCAGUGAUAUCAGACGCAGUCCCAUCACCAAGGCAACCGGUUCCUUCUCAGGAAACGCAAAGAAAAUUGUACGAUCUACCGGAGUUUAAUGGUGCUCCUGAAGAGUGGCCAAUGUUCAACGAAGCUUUCACUAUGACCACUGCAGAGUACGGAUACAGUGACAGUCAAAAUUUGUUACGCCUCCAAAAGGCAAUAAAGGGCAAGGCUAGGGAGACCGUUGAAUGUUUGCUUAUUCACAGUUCUAACGUUUCAAAUAUGUGCUCGCGCUACCAGAUUCGACCUUAAUCGCUGAUAAGACAGCAUCGAUGUCCGUUAUACCAGUUUGAGAUGAUCAGAGUGCAAUCCGCAAACCGGUUACAUCCGGCUGUCCUCCAACAAUCGUCAAGCCCCCCUUUACAGGGUAUGGGGUUUCAAUUAAACAUAUUACAACACGUU